AUGACAACGCCAGAGGUUACACUAUGUGCAGAUGGCCACUAUCGGCGGGUCGUGUAUGGUCUCGGUCCCUAUAUCGCAGACUAUCCAGAACAAGCUCUGCUUGCAUGUGUCAUCUCUGGCUGGUGUCCAAAGUGCACCGCUCCAAGAAAUGAUCUUGACGGUCCCGGCUAUGGGUUGCGUUGCCAUGAACAUACUGAACUGCUAGUACGAGAACUAGAACUUGGUGUGUUAUGGGAUGAAUAUGGUCUCGUUGGAGAUAUAGUGCCAUUUACAAAUGAUUUUCCUCGAGCCGACAUUCAUAAACUCCUCUCUCUGGAUCUUCUUCAUCAGAUCAUUAAGGGAACAUUUAAGGAUCACCUUGUUAGCUGGGUGGAGGACUACAUCCAUCUAACCUAUGACAAGAAGGAAGUGAAGAGAAUUAUGGCAGAUAUUGAUCAACGCAUUGCAGCUGUACCUGCAUUCUCUGGUCUACGGCAAUUCCCUGAGGGCUGUGGAUUCAAGCAAUGGACAGGAGAUGAUUCAAAAGCAUUAAUGAAGGUUUAUCUUCCUGCAAUCAUCGACUACGUUCCUCAGGACAUGAGCGGACACUUGAAGCACUUCAGGAUGCUCUUGAUCGCUUUCACCAUUAUCGAAAAAUCUUUGAGACUUCUGGUGUUCGACCUGAUGGCAUUUCACUCCCUCGGCAGCAUUCUCUUUGCCAUUAUAAAUUCUCAAUUUGGGAAUUUGGCGCUCCGAAUGAGAAUCGACAAGCUUGCAGCUGCUCGCAUUGACUUCACAAAUCGUGGGAUGCUGAAUGGCUCGUGUCUUUCAGAGGUAUUACAGAAGCUAGAUGACAGUCUCAGCGAGAAAGAAGAUGUUGAAGCAAAUGCCGAUCAUCUCACAAUAAAGCCAUCAAAUUGUGAUGAGCAAAAUGAUGAUGGCGCUGUUUCUGGACCAACAAUUCUUGCAUACGUUGACUUGGCUGCCACUAUUCAGCGGCAACAUGCCAGAAGCUUUGCUGAACUUGCUAAGGAGAUCAAUCAACUGAAACUUCCUGAGCUCAUUCGAUGGUUUCUUUAUGAUCAGUUGAAUCCAGAUAACCCCCGACCUGCAUCCGACAUUGAUAUCAAUGAAUGUCCCACACUCAAGGGAAAGAUCUCUAUGCACUACUCUGCCACUGCGACAUAUUAUGCUCCUAGUGAUCCAUGUGGUGUCGGCGGGAUGCAUUGUGAGCAUAUUCGAGCAAACCCAGUAUGGCGUGGACUUGCUCCACAUUUUGAUUGUGCCCUCAUCAACUGUGACUCGACUCAGGAUGGCAUGCUGGGAAUCGAGGUUGUUCGCAUCCAUUUAUUCUUCUCUUUCAAGCACGAAGGUCACCGAUAUUCCUGUGCCCUUGUCCAUUGGUUCCAACGAAUCGACGACCAGCCAAAUGAAGAUGUCAGCAUGUGGGUUGUUCAGCCAGAAAUGGAUGUGCAACACAUACCUUUUAUGUCCGUAAUCCAUCUCGACUCUAUAAUAUGUGCCACACACUUGAUCCCUGUGUAUGGCGAUGCACGUAUAUCACGAGAUAUCACAGAUGAGAACUCCCUGGAUGCAUUUCAGGCUUUCUAUGUCAACAAGUUUGCUGACCACCAUGCAUUCGAAAUCCUGUCAUGA